GUAUGAGGACUCUGGUGCUAACGAAGGCGUCCCGCGGGCCGGUUUGUGCUCCAGCGUCUGAACCCGAAUGUCUCUGCUCUUCGAGGGAGAAGAUAGACCAGCUAAAAAUAAACUGACAACAGCCAGCAGCAUAAAAAAAACUAAAAACCAGAAAGAGACAGUCUCUCUGCUCCAUUUCUGCUCCUGUGUCCUCAUUACGAGCUGAGACGAGGUCAUGUCCCAGUCUGGAAAAGUCCUUCAUCUUUUUGUGGAACUGAGGACCACCCCGGAUCAGAAUGGAGAGUAUGAGGAAGCUCAGGGGCUUUCAGUUCAGGACAGCCCCGCGGAGCUCCUCUCUCAGCUAACGAGCCAAACAACCGUCGGAAAGACGACCUCCGCUUCCCGUCUGCUCCAGGACGUGGCRUGUAGUCCACAAACCAAAACCUCACCUAAAGCCUCCAGGUGUUGGGGUCCGCCCGUCGGCGUCCCUCACGCCCCUUCUGAUGAGACGCGAUCUGUGGUCAGCUUCAGCUACGUAGAGAAGUCCAAYGUGAAGACCGUGGAGAGUCCACGUAACUCGGCCCGGUCCCGCUUCCAGAAACGCCUCAGUGACCCCGUGUGGUUCGGUAGUCCUGACUCAUCGUGCAGCUCCAGCCCCAAACUGACCUUCGGGUCUCCGGGGACUCACCAGCAGACAUUGUUCUCCCCCAGACUCCGACAGCCGCACCUGGACCUAAUCGGCAGGGCAGCGACACAGAGGGCCGUGGAGGAGUUCGGCUCCCCCUUACUGAGGAUCAAACUGGCCCACGCUCUGGAGAACGCCUCUUCUUCACGGUUUACCCAACAGCCGCGCUGCCAGUCCUGGGCCGGGUCUCCGGUUCAGCAUCAGAACGUCAGGAGGAAUCCUGAAUACAGUCAGGAUACCUACUGGUCCCCUCUGAAACAAUUUCCUGCUGAGCCUCAAAGUCCUCUCCACGUUGCAGGAGAGGAUAGAGGAGUGGCAGGAAGUCCGGCCUCCCAUAAAAAUAUCGACCAAUCCUCUUCAUCGCAGGGAACGUUCCUGGGAAAUAACAGUAUCGAAGGCCUGAACCAGUUGAGUUACAGCAAAUCCUGUUUUCCGGCUCGCAGCCCUGAGGAGGCGUCAAAAGUGACUCCGGUUUUCACCGAGCCCAGAGGUUCCUCACCGCACAACACUUCAGAGGAGCAUCAGUGCAGCUUCGAGUCCGGAGAACCAAAAGCACAAAACUUUAAUCAAACGCUGAAGAUGAACAUCCCGUUCAACAACCAAACCAUGCCAGCACCCGAGAACCCUCACCAGCCCCAGAACCCCCGUAUGGACCACCACGCACAUCAGGAGACCGGACACCAGAGACACCAGGGCUCGGUUUUAUCUGCGGUUCAGACUUCUCCUGCCGUCCCUUCACGAGUACUCCGGCCCUCCCACCCUCCCACCGAGAUCAGCUCCCCCCUCAGAGACCCGAGGCUCUUCCAGGCCGAGAUCCGAGUGCCAGACUCCCCGACCCCGCACCGCCACCAGCCUCCGCAGUACACCGGAGACUCCUGGUCUCCCGGCCUGGACAGGACGGGAGACCUGAACGGUUUUGAGAGGGAGGACUGUACGGAGCUGGCUCGCAGGCUCUUCAUCCAUCAGAGCGUUGAGGAGGCGCCGGUCAGCUGGACCUCCRGGCAGCAGUGGAGGAACCAAACAGAACCCGGGCUGGAAUUCAGCAACCAGCAGUCCGGUAAAAGGCACCGGUCACUCAGCCCCACGGCCCGGCAGAAACGAGCCGAGCAGAGGAGGAGAGAACUUCUUCUGCUUGGGCCUGUGGUGCUGGACUCUGACGAGGAAGAGGAGGAGGACGAGGAAGGGCGAGGUGAUUCAGGACAGCAGAGGGUGGGAGAAGCUCCAGAACCGGAGCGGAACGAAGCAAUGGCCGGGUCAUCCUCGCGGAGCUCCAGCGGGGUGACGGGGAGUCUGGGGGACAGAGACUGCUUGUCCCCAGAGUCCAGCCAGUCCAGCCACCAGAGCAACGAGACCGGAGCCGCAACCUCAGGAAUACAGGUGGGAACCGGGCCGAGGCCAGCCGAACAGACGGACAGCCGAACAGCAGCUCCUGUUCCCUCCCUUCACUGUCAGAAAAUAGCUCGAGCCAAGUGGGAGUUUUUGUUCGGGACCCCUGUAGAGGAGGCAGCUGGCAGCGGAGGGAAAAAUUCUUCCUCCACGGCGCCCCCCAGUGGUAACUCCAGUGAGUCUCCCACUCCAACUCCCCCGUCCUCCCUGCCUCUGCUGUCGGCCAAUCACGAGGUGCAGCACGUGGAGGUUGAGCUUGUGACUCCGCCCCCGGCUAUCGUUGGGACGUCACCUAAAACCGGCAUCAUUCGCUGGACGCUAAAGUACUCGGAGACCGAUCUGGACGCCGUCCCGCUCCGCUGCUACCGCGAGACGGACAUCGACGAGGUUCUGCUGGCCGAGCAGCAUGACGACGCCGACUCUGCGUUCGGCAGCAACCGCAGCGUUCAGGGCACCUCCGGGACAGGAAGUAGUCCUAUGAGGGUGAGGACAGAUGGGGAGGAGGAGGAGGAGGAGAAAGGAGUGGAGAGUGAGGAGGAAGAAGAGGAAGAAAUGGUCAGCUGGGCGAGUGUGAGGAUGCAAGGCGACAGCAGGAAGCAGCUGUACGUCGCCGAGGAGGAGCCAGAGGUGUUCAGGCACCUGAAGAGACCCACGGAGACAUUUUUUGACAACCACAACCCAGCUCUGAAGUCCCCCAUCCUGGUCUCUGGUCCUCGCUCCGGCACCGAGGACACCUUCAGCCGCCACUUUGAGAGCAUCAUGGAGUCCCACCGAGCCAAGGGGACGUCGUACAACAGCUUGGACAGCGAGGAGCUGCUGACCUCCAGCACCCAAACCGUGCUGACCUUUGACCUGCCGACCCUGACCCCCGCCAUCCACGGCCCGGUGUGCCAGAGCGCCCGGCAGAUCGUCCAGCUCAGCUUCGCCCCGCUGGCCCACGACGAGAGGCACAGUUUCUCAGAUUCCAUCUUUACGGUGACGGGGGACUCGGACGCCACGCGGGCCCCGUCCAGCGAGAGGCUGAGCAGCGGUUCUGAUGAUCCGAUACCGAGAGGACACGAGUGCUCACAGCUGGGCAGCAGCUGGUACAUCAACCCGUCCUUCUCUUUGUCCAGCAGGGAGAAGGCCCGCUUGGCGACGKACUCCGAGCUGGACCAGGACCUGAGCGACCGGCUGGGUCUGGGCAGCAGCGACACCCUGACCAACGGAAGCCACCGCGGGGACGUGGCGGCCGCCAAACGUUUGGCCAAGCGCCUCUUCAACCUGGACGGCUUCAGGAAGUCUGACGUGUCGCGCCACCUCAGCAAAAACAAUGAUUUUAGUCGCGUUGUUGCAGAGGAGUACCUGAGUUUCUUCAGUUUUACCGGCCUCACACUCGACCAAGCUCUGCGGACUUUCCUCAGGCAGUUUGCACUGAUGGGGGAGACUCAGGAGAGGGAGAGGGUCCUGUCUCACUUCUCCAGGCGCUACGUGGAGUCCAACCCCACAGUCCUACCAUCACAUGAUGCAGCUCACACGCUCACCUGUGCCCUGAUGCUGCUGAACAGCGAUCUGCACGGUCAGAAUGUUGGCAAGAGGAUGUCGUGCACUCAGUUCGUCGGCAACCUGGAGGGACUGAACGACGGCCAGGAUUUUCCCAAAGAUCUGCUCAAAGCUCUCUACAACUCAAUCAAGAACCAGAAGCUGCAGUGGACUCUUGAUGAGGAGGAGCUGCGGAAGUCGUUUUCAGAACUGGGGGACAGUCUGUGCGACUCGGACACCUCCAGGUCCAUGAAGAGAGAGGAAAGCAGCGGGAAGCUGGUCUCAGAGGGGACGAAACCCACGGGGACGCUGCUCUACAAGAACGGGUUCCUGGUCCGUAAAGUCCACGCCGACUCAGACGGAAAGAGAACACCGAGAGGGAAGAGAGGCUGGAAGACUUUCUACGCCAUCCUUAAAGGGUUAAUUCUUUAUCUGCAGAAAGGGGAGUACCGGCCCGACAAGCAGCUCUCCGACGAAGACCUGAAGAACGCCGUCUCCAUCCAUCACUCUCUGGCCAUGAAGGCUUCAGAUUACAGCAAAAGACCCAACGUCUUCUACCUGCGGACGGCUGACUGGAGGGUCUACCUCUUCCAGGCUCCGAACGCUGAGCAGAUGCAGUCCUGGAUCACGCGCAUCAACACGGUGGCGGCCCUGUUCUCGUCGCCUCCUUUCCCAGCAGGCAUCGGCUCCCAGAAGAAGUUCAGCCGGCCGCUGCUGCCAGGAGCCAUGUCCAAACAGUCCGAGGAGGAGCAGAUCAGAUCCCACGAAGCCCGGUUCAGAGCCAUCUCCACGGAGCUCUCUGAGCUGCGCUCUUAUCCCCCCGAUCGCAAAGUCAAAGGCCGUGAGCUGGAGGAGUACCGCCAGCGAGACGAGUACCUGGACUUUGAGAAAACGCGGUACGGGACGUACGUCAUGCUGCUGCGGGCGAAGAUCCGGAGCGGCGAGGAGGACUUGUCGGUGUUUGAGUCCCUGCUGCUGGAGGACAGCAGCCUGCAGAGGGCCCACUCCAGCCCCACGCUGCAGGACAGCAGCCUGGCCAGCCAGGCCAGCAGCACCAGAGACGGUGGCAACAGCAGCAGAGCCAGCGCCUGCAGCGGCGGCGGCGGCAGCAGCAGCAAACCUCGACAGGAAGGCCAGAGGCACAGCUACCGACAGGCCGUCAAGAAGUGAGGCGCGGCGAGGAACGGGGCGCCAGGAGCGGCGGGGUGCUGCGCUGCCAGCGGCCGCCCGUCUCCCUGCGGCGGUUUUUAUUUCUGAUUCAGCUCUGCUUGAGAGGGGAGCAGGAGUGAGGGUCCAACCCCACGACCUCGCCCCCCAACCGUGACGCCCACACGGCACCCCGAUCCUCUCAUCCAGGCGAGGAGGUGCAGAUCCAGCUAGGAUGUUGGUGCAGGAGGUGGGGAGGACAGCUGUGAGGUCAGAGAUCUGCAACCAGGAGGUGGUUUUGAGAACAAACAGGAGCAGCAGACCUGAGGCGAGGGGGCGGCUGCUAACGGAUCAAACAACUCCACACAUCCAGCAUCCUUUUAGUUUCUCCCCUUUUGUUCUUUCAGGGCACCUUUUCUCUUGAUCUUUCUCUCUGUUUGGGACCAAACAUGUUUACACACUUGAACAACGUAUUAUUUGAGCAGAAAUGAUGUGAAGCGCUGUAAAAAAACAAACUUAAAACAUCAGAUUUUUUUGGGGAGCAGGUUGAUUCCAACUCCUCCCAUUGUUCCUGUCACAUCACCGCGAUGUGUUCACAUUCCACACACGAGCUGGAAACGACAGCUUUUAGCUGCUGUGAGUUCCGGUGAAACCAGCAUGAAGCUGAAACGUUGUUUCUGCAGGAUAACGAGGCUCCUUCUUUCUCUGAACAUUUAAAACUGCAUCUGACAGAGAGAGGUUUCCUGUUUUCUCCUCUACUUGAACGUAUCUUUUUUCCCGGUUUGCUUCCGUCCCGUGACGCGCUUCGGUUCUCUUUUUCUGGGCUGAAUGUUGUUUUCUCUGCAUGCCUGCAUCCAGCACUGCUUCUUUUAGGGCUUUUUACUACUUUGAGGUUAAAAUCUGAGAAGUUUAGUUUUCUGGGGCUUUUAAAUCAACACCCAACGUUUGUAAAAUUUUGUCUGUGCCGCUCAUCUGCACACGCUCAGCAGGCAGAACCUGAAUGUGGAUAUKUUUAAACAUUUUACUGUCAUCCGUUGAGCUUGAAUCCCCUCCUUCUGUGUUUGUCGACUCUGUGAUCAGAUGUUAAACAUAUCCAACCCAAAUUCUAAAAAAUGUAAACGCAAACAGAAUACAGUCAUUUGAAAUCUCAUAAACCUGUAUUUUUUUUACAAUAGAACUAAGUAAUUGUGUCAUUUUUAGAAAAACAUUUUGUAAUUUUAUUUUUAAUGGCAGCAAAACAUCUUUAAAGAAGACAUAGCCUGUUUUUAAAUGCUUCUUUUUCAUAUUAAGAUUCUUCAUUUGGGAUGUAUAAAGUGGAACUGGUCUAAAUUCUUCCUUAUUGUAACUCCACAAGCCCCGCCCCUUUUCUGGGGUGUGCCUCAGAUCAGCUCCUUUUGAGGCUGUCUCUUUUAAUCCAAACGAGGCGCUUCACACUCCACCCCACUCCACCCAGUUCCACAGCAAAUACUGACGUUUUUGUUUAGAAAAACCUAACAGAAAAUAGAAAAACUGAACGGACUGAAAAAAUUACCUAAACACAAAAUAAAGUUAUCUGUGCGGCACAGAGAGAGACUAAAUUAAACUCUACUGAAAAAGGAUUUUUACUUAAUGUGUCCGCUUUAAAAAAGUUAUUCCAGGAGAAACAAAACGCUUUAAAAGUCAGUGGUUCAAAUAAGAAGCAGCUUUUUAUAAGUAGUUAGGUUAAUUAUCAACAAGUCAAAACCUAAACGCAAAAUCGAACUAAUAAAAAUCCACAGUGUUUGAUUUUUGCUGUUGUUUUAAUAUGUACAGAUACCGGAAAUGACGGAAGUCGUCAAAGAAUAAGACUUUAUAGUGGCUGGAAGAAAACAUAAACUAUUCCUAAAGAUAUUGGCUGCACUCGAACCUUAUUCUGCAUAACUUGGAACAUUAAAUCAAUUUUAUUUGAGGUCCUCAAAAAAAAGACGUGUUUGUUUCUAAAGCGCUCAGUGAAAAUGUUACGCCCCAGGAGUUCAGGCCAUGAUGAUGAACAAAACAUAAAGCUUGUCUUUGCUUAAAUCAUUAAAACAAAAAAUAUAUAUUUUGCUUUUUUUGUCCAGUUUUGCUAUUGUCGUUUUUUAAA